GAAAAAUGCCUAUCCAGGUAGAAAAUGAAUCUCCGGAAAUAACAGUCAGAAGAUCUGAAAGCUGAUCGUAAAAAGAUGAAGUCUGAAAAGUACGACCUGCUUAACCAGAUGAAGCAGCUUUACGCGACCUUGGACGACAAGGAGAAGGAGCUGAGGGACUUCAUUCGGACCUUUGAACAGGUAUUCAAGCAGCGGAUGCGAGAGAGUGAAGAGAGCCUGUCUGCAGAGAGGGCCGAAAGGGAACGAGAGCGGUGGAGUCUCCUGAGGCAUGCACGGGACGAAGCCGAGAGGAGCCUCAGCCUCGCCGCACAGCUGGACCAGAAGCAGCGAGAGCUCUUAGAUUGUGCCACACUGUGCCCACCCGUCAAUGACGGAGGGAGAUCUCCUGAAAAUGGUUUACCGAGGCGAGAACUUCAAUCCAGAGAUCAUUAUAAUGCAAGACGCCAACUUAGCUCUGGAGGCUGCCUCUCCGACCAAGAGAGUAUUGGUGCAGGAUGGAGAGGUGUUAACGGCGGACCAGGAGACAGAACAUCCGGAAGUGUUGAUUCUGGACUGCGGGGAUCUUCGGACAGGCAGUCCACAACAAAUCUUUCCGAUUCUACUACAGAUGUUACGACGCCCAAGGAGAGCAGCAGCCCAUCUUUAUCGCCUCUCAAUGCUCAUUCCUUUUCCAGAUCUCUCGAUAAUUCAACAUUAUCAAGGUCUGUGGAACAACUAAGUUCUCCCCAGCUAGAAGUGGAACCACUAAGAAGAGGUAAACUUCGGGGAAGUGGAGGCAGCGUUCCAUCGUCCUCGACGACCGGAAGGACUGGUGGCACCUGGGGGAGUAUCAGCAGAGUCUUUGCCAGGAGCAGGCACAAGAAGCAUCCAGCGCCUCCGACCCAAGAAGAGGCAGUGAACGAAACGUGCAAUCGAAGCUGGUCUCCACUGACUGAGGAGGGAUACGCAGAGAAACUAAGGCUUCUCAGAGAGGCGAGUGCGAUACCCAUGGAGAGGUGGCGAGCUCCGACAGUUCUAGCUUGGCUCGAAAUAGCUCUUGGAAUGCCACAGUAUGGGCAUAAAUGUGCCCAGAAUGUCAAGUCAGGAAAGGUGCUAUUAGAGCUUAGCGAUGUAGAGUUAGAAGUCGGCUUGGGCGUUCAGCAUCCCAUGCACCGGAAGAAACUACGCCUCGCCAUUGAAGAACACCGUAACCCGGCUAUGAUGCGUUAUCCAUGCAUUGGCCAACUCGGUCAUACUUGGGUUGCAUCGGAAUGGUUACCCGAUCUAGGUCUGCCGCAGUAUUCUGAAAAUUUCGCUACGAAUCUAGUCGAUGCUCGAAUGUUAGAUAAUCUUAGUAAGAAAGAACUUGAAAAGUAUCUCGGUGUUACUAGGAAAUUCCACCAGGCCUCAAUAGUCCACGGCAUACAUCUGCUUCGUAUGAUGAAAUAUGACAGACAGGCCCUGGCUGUCCGCCGUCAUCAAUGUGAGAAUGUUGAUGCGGAUCCUUUGGUGUGGACUAAUCAAAGGUUUAUACGAUGGGCCCGGAAUAUAGACUUAGGAGAGUACGCUGAUAAUUUAAAAGAUUCCGGAGUUCAUGGAGCACUCGUUGUGCUCGAACCGUCUCUGAAUGGUGAUACCAUGGCAACAGCUCUCGGUAUUCCUCCGUCUCGUAAUAUGAUCAGGAGACACCUCGCUGCUGAACUCGAAGCGUUAGUGUUACCAGCAAGGAACAGUUUAGAGGGUGGGUUGAGAGCUGGGAGGCGCCCGCCCUCUGUUGGGAGGAUCCAAAACAGGGCGCUCCCGCCACCCCCCAUCCAGGAACAGUCUCCGGACAAGGAGAGGCGGCCGGCCUUCAGGGGGUCACUAUCACGAGCGUUCGGAUUGAGGCAGCAGAGGGAGGUGACGUCACCAGUCCACGAAGCUGUUUCGCCUUCCUCUUCCGAGAGCAGCUACGGCGGAAGACCGGAGUCUCCGCAGUCAGCCAUCGUCAGGAGGAGGCCGGCACACAGGCAUAGGCGUGUCAAGUCCAUAGGGGACAUAGACGCUAUCACUGUUACUCCUGUUUAAUUAGAGAAAUAACAAUCUAUUUCACCCAAUUAUACAAUUUUGUAAAUUAUAACUGAGAAGAAGAUGUUUUAGUACUGAUAAUCGUUUCUUUAUCUGUGUGGCCAGUUUAUAAUAAGUGAUCGUUAUUUUGAAGACAGCUAAGAAAAUUUAGUCUUAUUGUAACAACGACUAGCAGUGGUCAAGAAUGUAAAUACUGCCUCUUUGAUAUGCAUUUGAAAUAAGUCCAACUCUUGUCUUCUAGAUCAGAUUUCCAUCACUCUGACUCUGAAUUAUUAAUUUCUUUGACUAAUUAAUGUGUAUUUGUUAGGGUUUCUAUUUAAUAAUAUAUUGUGUGAUCUCAGUAAUCUAAACUAAUUGAUACGGAGGAGAUUUUCCAGGGGUAAUAUUAUGUAUCAACUGUAAGAAAACAACAUGCCAUGACUAGUCGAUCUCCAAUUCAGUGCACGCAAGCAUAGCUGUACCUAGAAAUGUUUUGAUAAUAUCGAUAUUUAUUGACAUCUUUAUUUUAUUUUUUAUAUCAAGGAUUUGAUAUUAUCAUGAUAUCAAAACGAAAAUGCUAAUAUCGGAUUUUAAAAUAUUUUUAUUUUGUUGCCUUUAUUUAAUCAACUAAUGUUAUUUAAUUAUAUUCAGUAAUAAGCAUUUAACCAAUAUCUUAUUCAUAAAUAAAUUACUAUUUUAAAAAAAGUACAUGCAAACCUAAUGAUUUUCUAAAUUUAUUACUUUUCUAAAAUUCUUUUGUUCACUAAAAUUUUGGUAAUUCCCUGCUUAUUUUAGAGUAUAAAACUCAAUUUCUUCACUUAACUUUUAAUAAAUAAGAACGAUUACCUAUGAAACUACCAUUGGAAUUGGAGUAGACUUCGAGGGAGAGAAAGGAUAGGAGGGAAAUCGCUCCCUCAAUAAAAAUAAGAGAGGGCAAGAAGAUCAUUUUACCUUCAAGUUUUUAAAAACUUUUAGAUGUUGCUCAUACCUUAAUGUAAAUGGCCACGUUUUGCCUUCAUAAAGAACCGUAGGUAGGAUAGAAUAGAAUAGGGAAUUGAACUUUAUUCUGAGACUAAGUCCCCUUAGAAUAACACAAUAAUGAACAAAUACAAAAGAAAAUACAUAUCUGUCCAAAAACUAACUUAAUAAAGAUUCUACCAAUAAAUAAAGUAAUUUAAAUAAUAGUAUGUAAAACACUAUAAAAAAUAAAUGAAAAUAAAAUCAAUUUUUGUGAUAAAACCUAAACGAAAGGCUAACUAAUAAAAACUUAAUAAUAAUAAACUGUAAUAAUAUGUACAGUGAUUUAAAUAAUAAUAUAAUAAUAGGAUAAUGGUAGGAGGCCUGAGCUAAGUAGUUUUUCACAGAAAAAUAACAAGCAGUUCCUGCCUUUAAUCUAACCUUAAUCUCCUUUUCAGUUUCGUUUUUCCUAGUUAUUAUAGACCCUAGAUAUCUAAACUUCCCUAUGUGUUCAAACAUAUUACCUUCUAUAUCGAUAUCACCGCCAUUAUCGCCGCUUUUGCAGCUAACCUCAUAUUUUGUCUUAUCCGUGCUUAUUUCUAACCCAAGUUCUUUAAUGACUUUUAAUAACGUCGUAUUUAGUUUUAUGGUUUCCGUGUCUUCGCUUAACAGGAUCAAAUCAUCCGUAUAGCAGGGGUGUUGUCCCGCCCAGAUCCAACGCUUUUUCGGUACGCAUUACCUCUCUAAUAUCAUGUUCUAACGAACCAAAUGAUUUAGGGAUAUGAACAAAACUUUUCUUGAAAACAUCCCUCAAGUAUUUUUUUAGAUUACUGAUAUUGCACUAUAUUGUUUUUUAGUUUCAAAUUUUUUAACCAAAGUUUUCAGAGGUUACUAAGCUUUGAUAUUUUGCUAAAGUAAAAAAACAUAAGUAUAAUGAAGACAGUUAUUCUUUUCAUAUUUUUUAUAAUGAACAAAGCAGGCCAGGCUGAAGUAUCUUAUGUAAGAGCUACGAUUUCUGUAUAGUUUGUUUUUUGUUUUUUUAUUUUCCUUCUUCCAAUUUCAGCUUGGAUUACUUGUUUAUUUCCGAUAAACAUUUCAGCCUCUGAGCAUCAUAGCGAUGCUGAGAGGGAAUAAAAAUAUAAUAUGAACUGCUGAAUAAAUAAUUUUUCUGCUAAAAAUUGAUGUUGAUCAAAUAUGACAAAAAAUAGCCAUUAAAUUAUGAUUCCGUAAUUAUUAAAAAUAAAUAAAAAGUACUAGUUCUAAAUUGCUACUUCAAGGCAGUGGCUAGUUUCAGGAUCACUUCAAGCAUACGGUGCAUAAAAUCCCAAAAUAACUCAAAUGUAUCUCCAAGAGUAAAAAGACAGAACAUAAGAAAACUUUAUAGUCGUAUAUUUAAAGUUAGAUUAGAUAAACUCAUGAAGAUGCUGGCUCUUAAUAAAUUAUUGGGGGAGUUCUGAUACUAGAAUACUUUUGGUAUUCCGUAUACAGUGUCCCCGAAGUGAUCUUAAAACCAAACACUGCCUUGGAGUAGUGAUUUGGAACUAAAGUUCAACCACAAUCAGUUGGGAAUCCAAGUUGCACAAAGUUGAAAAUCACACUUUGUAUUUUCCCUAACUAUCCGAUGAUUGUGCUGACUCUCAAGUAACAUCAAGGAGAGUUAGAAUGAUACAUAGUACAUAUCGUCGAUUUAUUGCAGAAAGUCACUAAGUGCAUUUUUGAUGUAGAUUAACUUUCAAAAAUGUUUUUAUUAAUUUCAAUUUUAUUAAUCGAUAAAAAAAAAUAUUGUAAGAGCAUAAAAAUGAAACAAACCUUUCAAUACAAUAAGUACAACAAGGGCACAAUUUUCUGAUUCAAUAAAGGAAAAAAAAAUUGUUCAAACUUCUUGAUUAGUUAAAGUCAUGAAAUGUCUAUUAAUGACUUUUUGCAAUAAACCGUCGAUAUAGUGGUCCUGUCAUCAGUUUAUUAUAUGUAACAUAAUAAGUUCUUUUAGAUGUAUGGUUUAUUGACGACCCUUUUGUGAGUUAUUUUUUAAAAAAAAUACAUUUUCUUCUGUAAUCUGCUACAUCGCUAUUUAUGGCAUAUGGAGGAGGGAGGAUUGGGGUCUUGCUUAGAUUAGGCCCGCCAGUUAUUUUAUCUAGUAACAGUUACUUGUUGAUAAAUUAAAAAAUAUGGGUUAAAGAAACAUAUGAUUUAUUUAAUAGGAACUUUUUAUACAUAACCAAAAACAUUAACAUAUUUUUAAUGAGUUACUCCAGGUACCUCUGGAGGCCAAAAUUCUACUAUGUCCUUAAGGAUUUCCUUAGGUAGAAUUCCUCUUUCUUCAAAGAAAAUCCUGGCUUGCUCCUCUUCUUUGCAUAAAUAGUAAACUUCAAAAAUAUUCAUUGUGUUAUCACUUUAUAAUCGCAAUUACACAAAAAAUACUAAACCAAAAAUAUUUAAAAAUUUGAUUUUAUUUCUAUAUCAAUGGUAUCAAGUUUCAUAACAACUGUUACUAAAUAUCAUUAAAAAACCACUGGCGGGCCUAAUCUAAACAAGAUCCGAAGGUUGUCCUAAAGGCAAAUCCAAUUAUUUGGUGGGCCAGAUCCCAAUCAAAUUAAUGUACUCAACUAAUACAAUCAAAAUAAUGUACCACGAAUUCUAUUAAAGCACUUUAACCAUGCCAUGAGUCACUGAAUGAUGUGGCAGAGGUCUGUUUGUGCCUAACGCCAAUACACCUUUUUCCACCAAUUAUGUCCAUUUUCUAUGGAACCAUUUCAAAUAUUUUAAAAAGAGAAAUGUAUUCUCCAGAUGUUUUAUUUCAAGGCGUUGUUUGUUCUUGUUUGUUGUUGAUUACAAACAAUGUUUUGAUUUGAUUUUCAAUAUUAAAUUUUUUUCUUUUUUAAAUUGACUACUGUUUUAUUGCCUAAGUCAAUUUUUCGAAAUUAUGUUUUUCUGUUUCAUUAUCCUCUGACUAUCCAGGUUUAAUAAAAAAACAAACAAUUAUGAUGAAAUUAAGCCAGAUGCUGAUUCUCGGUGACCAAAAAAAUUAUCUCAUGUUAAAGUUGUCAGUCCACCAUAUUUGGAUACCAUUUUGGGGCAGUGCGAUCCCUUUUUUUUUGUGGGAACAUUGACUUUUUUUUUCUAAUAAAUUGUUACAAGAAACAAGAUAUGCAAUUUAUAAAGGCAUGAAAGGGGUUCGCGGUGAGAGAGCCUGACCUACGGCUAAAGCUUAUUCUGACUAGAGUGAGAAGCAGAGGCAUUCCAUGUUUUCAUCACAAAAUAAAUAUCAACCCGCCAUGAUUUUUGUUUGCCCACCCCUCCCUCUUACGAUUUUUUUCCCAAGCUUAGAGUGAGGGCAAUAGAUUAAUGCCAAGAUUAAAAGCUUCCUCCGCCAUCGGGAUGCGAACUCGUAAUUAUUUCAUCAAGUAAACUUUGGUUUAUUAGAUUGGCGGGCAAAGCAUGUUAGCCUGCUUGGCCACCUCACUCUCCAUUUUGAGUAAAUUGUCAAAUAUUGGAAAGCCAGUGAAACUUUGACUCCUUCCCUCUCUAGUGCCAAUUGUAUACAUAAAUUAGAAGAUUAUGAUAAUAUCUAUCAAUAUCAUUAUAUGUUUAUAAGUAAUGUUGGUGAGUUAGUGAAGAACAAAAUAUAAUUUUUAACUUUGUGGCGCAUUAACUUCCUGGCUGCUAACUAAUCGUGGUUGAGCUAUAUUACCAAAAAUUUAUUUUCUUUAUUUAAUAUAUAAAAAUAACAUUGAAAUUUUCUCAGUUCGUCACUCUCUGAGUAAUCCAAAUUUCACUUAUUAAACACAUAACUGUGAGAAAAUUGAAUAUUUCUUUUUAUGUCAUUAAUUCUAAUUCUGUAUUAUUCGCUAAAUAUGAUUCAGAAAUGUGACAACUUUUUUAAGUUGUACCUAUGAAAUAAUGACGAGUUAUAUAAAUAUGAGUAAAUAAACGAUAGAUAUUUUGUGUACCUGGUAUCGAUUACAAUGCGAUGUGCAAUAGAAGUGAGCGAACCAAUUUCGAAUGAGGGAAGAAAAUGAAACCUGAUGUUAUAAGUGAAUGUUUGACCACACCAACUGUCUUUUUUCUUUUUUUUCCAAAGAAUAUAACUAAGAUUAGUUGACUUAUUGUUUUGUUGUUUGUCAAGUCAUUUUUACUAUUUAAUUUAAUUUGUGUAUAUUUUUUUUUUUUUUUUGUGUAAAUGUUUUCAUUGUAAUUUUUGUGAUAUUUUUGUAUAGAAUAAAACCAAUAAAUGUUUUAAUUAGGAUAUUUUCAAUAAAUUAUAGAUUCGAUGGAAGCAAAU